CGUUUACUCUGAGCUACACGUGCACAACUUCUCUCUCGUUUAGUGUUUUUAAAAAAUAAAAUAUUUGUAAUAAAAUAUCGGUAUUUAUUAAAUAAAAAUGGAUGCCCAUGACUUAUUUCGUCAGUUGACAAGAGGUGUAAGAUUUACCAACAGAAAUAAAGCUCCACAAAAGCAGAGCAAAAAGCCCUUGGAAAAACAGUGUAAACUGGAGGAUGAAAUAAAAAGCAAAGAUGAAGGAAUAGUUUCAGAUGAAGAUGAAACUAUGCAAGAUAUUGAAGACAUAGAAACGAACGUUUCGUCUGAUGAAGAAGAACUACAGCAAGACGAUGAAGAACCACAAACAUUUGAAUUUAUAUCGGGAGUGACAAGUUCUGGCAAAAAAUCGAAAAAGAAAACCAAACCUCUUACAGCCGAACAACAAGAAAAACAAAUGGAAGAGGAAAUGAUACAAACAAUUCGUAAAGAAAAUCGUAUUACAGUAUUUGGAAAAAAUAUACCAGCACCCAUCUCCACGUUCCAGGAACUGCACACCAACUAUAACAUGAAUGAGAAACUAGUGCAAAAUCUUGUGAACUGUAACUAUGCCAAACCUACAGCCGUGCAAAUGCAAGCUAUACCCAUUAUGCUUAAAGGCAGACCUCUAAUGGCUUGUGCCCCCACAGGUUCUGGCAAAACUAUAGCCUUUUUAGCACCUGUUAUUAAUGACUUAAAGGCUCCCAAGAAAGUAGGCUUUCGUGCUUUAGUUUUAGCACCCACAAGAGAAUUGGCUCAACAAAUCUAUCGUGAGUGUAUACGUAUGUCGGAAAAGACGGCUCUUAAAAUUCAUAUAAUAAGUAAAGUUAAUCAGGCGAAAGCGAAAUUUGGUGAGAAUUCCUCAAAAAAAUUCGAUAUUUUAAUAUCAACACCUAAUAGAGUUAGAUUUUUGUUGCAACAAGAGCCACCGCUGUUGGAUUUGAAGAGUAUUGAAUGGUUUAUUCUUGAUGAAGCUGAUCGUUUGAUGGAGGAGGGUCAGAAUAAUUUCAAAGAACAAUUAGAUGAUAUUUUAGCUGCCUGUACAAAUCCCCACAAAAAACUUGCUUUAUUUAGUGCCACAUAUACGGUGCCGGUAGCCAAGUGGGCUUUAAAGAAUCUUAAAAAUCUAGCUCGUGUAAAUGUGGGUGCCCAAAAUGCUGCUACUGAAUUUGUGGAGCAAGAGUUGUUGUUUGUGGGUUCAGAAAGUGGCAAACUUUUGGCUGUACGUGAUAUGGUGAGAAGCGGUCUGAAACCACCGGUGUUGGUGUUUGUACAAAGUAAGGAUCGUGCCAAACAGUUGUUCGAGGAACUUUUAUACGAUGGCAUUAAUGUCGAUGUCAUACACGCCGAUCGUACCCAGCAACAACGUGACAACUGUGUGAGAGCUUUCCGUGAAGGUCAUAUAUGGAUAUUAAUUUGUACAGAACUUAUGGGACGUGGUAUUGAUUUCAAAGGAGUUAAUCUAGUAUUAAACUAUGAUUUUCCACCCUCCACUAUAUCAUAUAUACAUCGUAUUGGUCGUACCGGCAGAGCGGGCAGACCAGGAAAAGCCAUAACAUUUUUCACACAAGAUGAUACACCACAUUUGAGAAGCGUUGCUGAAAUUAUACGCAAUUCUGGUGGCAAGGUACCCGAAUUCAUGUUAAACAUGAAAAAAGCCAAGAAAUCAGAGAAAAAGAAACUGGCCAGUUUUGCUCCAAAGCGAGCAGAUAUUUCUACCAGAAUCAAACCCGAACAAGAAAGACAAGAUAAAUUAGAAAAAGUAGAAAAGGUAAUGCAAAAGAAACACAAGUCAGCUAAAAACUCUAAGGCGGAAAAUGAUGAUAACAAUAAAAAAUUCAAGAAAAUACAAAAAUUAAAAAAUACCCAUAACAGUUUGCCGCCUACAAAAAAUAAGAAAUCGAAAAAUCAUAUUAAAAAUAAUAAAUCUAAACAAAAAUCUUAAUAGUUAUACAAACCUAAAUACAAAUUGAUUUAAGUAAAAGAAUAAUUGUUAUUUAACAUUUCAUAGUUUAUAUAUAUUUUAUAUAUAGUAACUUUUUUUGAUAAUAUAACAAUACAUAAGUUUUUUUUAUCAUGUAUUGUUUAUAAUAAAUUCAUAAAAAAUACAAUAAAA